CGAAUCAAUAGAUUCGAUCAGAUAUAUUGAUUGAUUAAUUGAUUGAUUGAUUGAUUGAUUGAUUGAUUGAUUGAUUGAUUGAUUGAUUGAUUGAUUGAUUGAUUGGAUAGCCUAGACAAAAACAAAACAAACAAAAAAGAGGAGAGCGGGGGUUAUGACGGCGAUAAUGCAUUGUGCAACAUACUGGCGAGCAGGGGAAAUGGCUUCCACAGCUACGGGAGGAGGAGGAGGAGGAGGAGGAGAUGGAGGAGGAGGAGGAGGAGGUCCCGACGAGGAGGAGCAGGAGGUGGAGGUCCCAAAAAUAAAGGAGGGGGAGGAGGAGGAGGAGGAGGUCCCGACGAGGAGGAGGAGGAGGUCCCAACGAGGAGGAGGUCCCGAUGGAGAAGGAGGUCCCGAUGGAGGAGGAGGAGGAGGUCCCGACGAUGGAGGAGGAGGAGGAGGAGGAGGUACCCCGGCGAAUCCGACCGAUCAAUCAAUCAAUCAAUCAAUCAAUCAACUCCAUCGAGGAGGAGGAGGUGGUCCCGACGAGGAGGAGGAGGUGGAGGUCCCGACAAUAGAGGAGGAGGAGGAGGAAGUGGAGGAGGUCCUGACGAGGAGGAGGAGGUCCCGAGGAGGAGGAGGAGGAAGUGGAGGAGGUCCUGACGAGGAGGAGGAGGUCCCGAGGAGGAGGAGGUCCCGACGAGGAGGAGGACGAGAAGGAGGAGGAGGUCCUGAUGGAGAAGGAGGUCCCGAUGGAGGAGGAGGAGGAGGUCCCGAUGAUGGAGGAGGAGGAAGAGGAGGAGGAGGAGGAAGAGGAGGUCCCGACGAGAAGGAGGAGGAGGAGGAGGAGGAGGUCCCGAUGGAGGAGGAGGUCCUGAUGGAAGAGGAGGAGGAGGUCCCGACGAUGGAGGAGGAGGAGGAGGAGGAGCAAGAGGAGGAGGAGCAAGAGGAGGAGGAGCAAGAGGAGGAGGUGGUAGAGGAAGGGGAAGAGGCGGAGGAGGAGGUCCCGACAAUGGAAGAGGAGGAGGUUCCGAGAAUGGAGGAGGACGAGGAGGAGGAGGAGGAGGAGGAGGAGGAGGAGGAGGAGGUCCCGACGAUGGAGGAAGAGGAGGAGGACGAGACGAGGAGGAGGAGGAGGAGGAGAGGAGAAGGAGGAGAAGGUCCUGACGAUGAAGGACGAGGAGGAGGAAGAGGAGGAGGAAGAGGAGGAGGAAGAGGAGGAGGAAGAGGAGGAUGACGAAGGGAAGGAAACUCACCUAGCGCCGGCGGGAGAUGGCGCGUGGGUUGCGAGCGUUAGUUGUCGGAGCUCG